GCUGGCUCUGAUUGGAGUGGGCAGGGAAUAGUUCCGAGAACGCUUUCUUGAAGGGAAUUCUGAUCGCGGAGCAGCAGAAUCUUUUUUCCCCCCUCUUUAAAUCCACGCUAUUACAGACAUUACUGUAAGUGUGUGAAUGUCCGUGAAAGUAACUGUAUGUGUGUGUGUGUGUGUGUGUGUAAGUGAGGGCUACAUUGUGAGAGGAGCGCGUUGUGGUAAAGAAAGAAGGCUAUAAAUAGCUCAUGCAAUUCUGGAAAACUAUCACAAGUGGUGCAUCAGCGUGUGGAGCAGACGGAGUCACGGAUCCUGCGUGGAGCCCGUGAUCAUCACAGUCACCCGGACCUCGGCUCCGAGCGGCCGCCGCUGGGUUGGAGAAUAUUCUUUGAGGAAGUUCUGAGGUCGUCGCCUCCUCAUGGCUGGAUUAUGAUCGGGAUUCUUUUGAAUCAGGAAACUAGCAGCGGUAUGGAGACAGGCUGAUCCGCCUCCCGACUGUCGCUCUGCCUCUGUGUGUAUGGAUUGAAAUGGAUCCAUGUCUGAGCAGCUCUCCGCCUCCGACGGUGGUCAGAUUUGGAAUCGCCUGACCUGGAUUGUGCCUAACAAUGUUUUGAUCCCUUCACACGCUUGGAUUUACAACGUUACAACCUAUAGAUCAGAAGGAGGAGGAGGUUGUGGAAGAGGAGGAGGAGGAGAGGAGAGAAUAGGAGGAGGAGGAGGAGGAGGAGGAGGAGGAGGAGGAGGAGAGGGAAUAGACUUCAUGGAUGCGUUCGGUACUUCGUUCUGAAUACGCCCAGUCUUUUACCCGAACACCAGAACCUUCAUUCUGCCUGGACCUCUCUUUGUGAUCGGGAUUAUUUGGGGCAGACGCUGCUCGGUGCUGGAUACCGAUGUAGGAUUCCGACAUGCCCAGCGCUGACGAGCCCAACCGCGGACGAUUAUGACUACAACGGCGAACUGGGUGGCUAACGGGGCAAGCCUGGAGGACUGCCACUCCAACAUCUUCUCUCUGGCGGACUUGACGGGCAUUAAAUGGCGCUGCUACAGCUUUCGCAGCAGCGGCGAAUACGGGCCGGUGAUCUCGGCGCCGGCCCAGGACGACCCGGUCCUGCGCAGCUUCAUGCGCUGCGUGCAGGCAAACCUGCUGUGUGUGUGGAGACGCAAAAUCAAGCCUGAUGCCAAAGAGCUGUGGAUCUUCUGGUGGGGGGAGGAGCCUAACCUCGCUGAUGUCAUUCAUCAGGAGCUGGAAGUGGCUGAGGAGGGACUGUGGGAGUGCGGACUGUCCUACGAGUGCAGAACUCUGCUGUUCAAGGCCAUCCACAACCUGCUGGAGAGAUGUUUGAUGGACAAGGGCUUUGUGCGGAUUGGGAAGUGGUUCUUCAAGCCACAGGACCAGGAAGAGAAAACACUGGGCAACAGUGAACACCUAUCAUGUUCCUUCUCCUUCUUCCUCCACGGGGAGAGCAACGUGUGCACCAGCGUGGAGAUCGCCCAGCACCAGCCCGCGUACCACAUCACGGAGCAGCACAUCCGACUGGCCCAGAGCUGCACUACUGGAGUGCAAGUGAUCCUGAGUCCGUACGGACUGAGCGGCACUCUGACUGGUCAGGCCUACAAGAUGAGUGACCCCGCUGUACGGAAGCUGAUGGAGGAGUGGAGCUACUUCUACCCCAUGGUGCUGCAGCAGAGAGAGGGAAGUGGGGAGAAGGAAAAAGAGGAAGCAAGUCAGGCGUAUGACCACAACAGUCAUGUGGCGGUGGAGGUCAUCGUAGGUGGGGUGAGGAUGACCUACCCAGCUGCCUUUGUUCUGAUCGCCCAGGGGGACCUACCAGUGGAGCAGCCCCCACCUGUUCCUGCAGCUCAGGGCCUCAGCAGGGAGAUGAACCACUGCAGCGUACCACUAACCCCGCCAACGUCACCCGAGCAGCCCUGCUCCGCAGACAGUGGCUUUUUGGUCCCCCCCUCCCCCGUCCCCCCCCCACCCAGCAGCACCCCGAGCAUCAGCCCAAAGCAUUCUGGGAAGAAACUCACUUCUCAGGUGGUCCAUCAGGCCUGGAGGGAGUGCUACCUGAACCAGCCUCAGCAUGUGCUCAAUCCACCAUCUGACGUGGCGCCUAAGAAGGAAGUGCCAAAUGGAGCUACCACAUGGGACUUCAAUGAUCUGGGAGCGAGGGCGUCCUGCAGCUGCUCCAGGUUGAGGCAGCAGAAGCUGAACCUGACUUCCACGUGCAGUGCCAACAACCAGUCCAGUGCCAACACCACUCAGUCCACCGGACCCUCAUUAUACCCCCCCUCCCUGCCCAAACACAAGACCAGUGAGAAGACAGAGAAGGCUGACAAACAGUCCAAGAGGCCAGCUAUGAUCCCCUUCCACCACCGUCUGUGUGUGACACAGGAGACCCCUCUGGAACAGGACUCAUCAGGGGGCCCACAGCUGGCAGGUCUAGUGGCGCUGGAGCCACCUAUAGAACCUCUGUCUGCUCUGCCAAGUUGCAAAUAUCCCAAACCUCUUUCCAGGAAAGCCGCUGAGUCUCUGCUCCACUCUCCCAUGUCUCCACUUCCUCCCACACUCAGCCCUCACCCACGGGUGCAGGACCCAGAGGUUCUGGACGGGCCCAUGGAAAUGGCGGUGUGUCCGGACGGAGCAUCGGGUCUGGGUCUGAUCACCAGUGAGACAGCGAUGUACACGGCUCUGCUGAGGCAGAGAGAGACUGGAGCUGGGUGGUGGAGAGGAUUCAGGACUCCCAGAACUGAUAAGACGGACUUCAGACCCCCUGAACUUCCUAGUGACAAGUUGGAGGAGGUGAAGACGGAGGCCGUCACUGAAGGAGCGCCACUAAAAAGGUAGGAGACAGAGGCAACAGAAAUGUUUAGCUGUAGAUGCUGGAAGAAUUGCCUGGGUUAUCAGUGAGAAUCAAACUUUUUUAACGCUGAGACACAGCCACCAACAUUAGAAACACGUCUCCUGACACUUUAAACCAGUGGUGUCAAACUCGUUUGGUUCAGAGGCCGCAUACAACUUAAUUAGGCUGGACCAGUACAAUGAUAACAUAAUUAACUAUAAAUAACAAUAAGUCCAUGCUUUUCCCUUUUUUCAUGCAAAGAAGAACAAGUAUAUUAGACAUUUAUUAUUAUUAUUAUUAUUUAAUGAAAUUGAAUUUUGCCAAAAAAUAUACUAAACAUUAAGUGCUUUUGUAUUUUUCUAUUUUCCAAAUUCAUCAUAUGGGCCAUAUUGAACACCCUAUUGUGCCGGUUUUGGCUUGCAAGUCGUAUGUUUGACACCCCUGCUGUAUACCCUACACUGCAAACAACAGCUGCGCUACCACAAGUUAAAUAUUCUUAAAUAAAUCUGUUUUUAAAUUUUUUUGUUAUUUAUCAUAAAAACUGAUAUAGCAAGAUAUUGCAAUGCAAAUGUGUAUAUUUAUUGAUUUUAAGAAAAAAAAUGUUAAAUGUUCAGCACAUUUCUCAUCAAAAUGUUUCCCAUCAAAUUAGAGCAUUUUGAGAAAACAAAACACUUUUUUGGAAUGUUUUGGUUAUAUCUUAAUUUCAUGCUGUAAUGGUCAGAUGUUGAAAGAUUUCCAUGAAAUAGUAAAAAAGAAAAUUCAAAAUUUUAUCUUUUCUGCAUGUUAAAUCUUAAUUUCAUGCCGCUAUGGUCAAAUGUUGAAACAGGUCUAUGAAAUCUUUUGAAACAAAUA